AUGUCCUCCUCCCAAGUCUCUUUCACCAAGGAACAGGCCAUCGUCUACCCUCAGGAACGCUUCCACAUCUCCCAACCCGUUAGCCCUGGUAGCUAUCUUGGCCCGAUCGAUGCGUCCCUCCCCGGUGCUGACAAGCCGCCACUACUGUUCCAGCCCUUCAAAGUCAAGGAUCUGACGUUGGCCAACCGUGUUAUUGUCGCCCCCAUGUGCAUGUACUCGUCGCAGGACGGAUUUAUGAACGCGUUCCAUGUCGCCCAUCUGGGAUCCUUUGCUAUCCAUGGAGCUGGUCUAAUUCUCACCGAGGCCUCUGCUGUCCAGGCCAGAGGCCGUAUUUCGCCUCAGGAUGCAGGAAUCUGGUCUGACGACCACAUCCACAAGUUGAAGGAAAUUUCCGAGAUGGUCCAUGCUCAAGGAUCCAAGAUCGGUGUCCAAUUGGCGCAUGCUGGACGCAAGGCAUCUUCACAAGCUCCUUACUCUCAGCCUCCCUCCUCGGAAUACUGGCCUGACGAUGUUGUCAGUGCAAGCGGAGGAGAGGCUUUCAAGUGGUCUGACCUCUACGUCGCCCCUCGCGAACUCUCUGUCGAGGAGAUCAAGGAGACUGUUCGCGCCUUUGGAGAGGCCGCUGUCCGAGCUGCCAAGGCUGGCAUGGAUACCGUCGAGAUCCACGGUGCCCAUGGUUACUUGCUCCACAACUUUCUCUCGCCCGUGUCGAACCACCGUACCGAUGAAUAUGGUGGAUCUCUCGAGAACCGUGCCCGUUUCUUGCUCGAGGUCAUCAAGGAGGUCCGAUCCCAGUUCCCUGCCGAGAGGCCCAUCUUCUUGAGAGUCUCGGCAACCGAUUGGGUUGAGAAGGUGAUUGAUGGACCCUCUUGGGAGAUUGAGCAGACGGUUCAGGUGGCCAAGUGGGCCAAAGAAGCCGGUGUUGAUGUGAUUCACGUCUCGAGUGGUGGAAAUGUGGCCCAGCAGCAGAUCACCGCUUUCCCUGGAUACCAAGUCCCUUUUGCUGAGCGAGUCAAGAGGGAGGUUCCCGGUCUUCAUGUAGUGGCUGUUGGUAUUUUGACAGGUGGUAAACAGGCUGAGCAAGUCCUUGAGCAUGAACAGGCUGAUCUGAUUGCAGUUGCUAGAGGUUUUCUGAGGGAACCUAGUUUUGUCAGCUCGGCUGCUCGUGAGCUCAACGUCAAGGCCAAGCUUUCACAACAGUAUGAGCGUGGUCGUCGCGAUAAGUAA